UCUUCUUCUUCUUCUUCUUCUUCUUCUUCUCAAUCUUCUUAAAUCCCUAAACAUCCAAUUCUCAAAAACCCACAAACAUCACAAAGUUGCAAACUUUAUCUGUGUGAAUUGAAAUUCGGAGAUGUCAAUAAGGAGCUUACUCCAGGACAUGAGGUUCUCCCGGUCGCAGCGGGUGGUUCAGGACCGGUCGGCGGUGUCGGCGCCGGAGGUGGGGGACUCGGUGAAGCAGAGCUUCUGGGCCCACAUGCCUCAGGAGCUUCUGAGAGAGGUUCUGGUGCGAAUUGAGGCUUCUGAGGCCGCUUGGCCACCGCGGAAGAGCGUCGUCGCCUGCGCCGGAGUCUGCCGGAGCUGGCGGAUUUUGACCAAGGAGAUCGUUAAGUCUCCUGAGCUGUCUGGGAAGCUCACCUUUCCCGUCUCCGUCAAGCAGCCUGGUCCAAGGGAUGAACUCCUACGGUGCUUUAUAAAGCGGAACCGGUCCACACAGACGUAUUAUCUUUGCCUCGGUUUGACCCGUGCAUUAACUGAUGAGGGAAAGUUCCUACUUGCUGCUCGCAAGUAUAAGCGCCCAACCUGCACCGAUUAUAUCAUCUCACUGCAUGGUGAUGAUAUGUCAAAAGGCAGCAGCAACUAUGUUGGAAAACUGAGAUCAAAUUUUUUGGGAACAAAGUUCACUAUCUUUGAUGGGCAGCCAAUUGAUGUGGGAGCCAAAUUUACAAAAAGUCGGUCCACUAGGCUAGUAAAUUUGAAACAAGUUUCACCUAGGGUCCCUGCUGGCAACUAUCCAGUGGCUCAAAUUUCCUACGAACUAAAUAUGUUGGGUUCCAGAGUUCGUACAAGCAGGGGUCCAAGGAGAAUGCAAUGUACCAUGGAUGGCAUUCCUGCAUCUGCUAUUCAACCUGGAGGAGUAGUACCCACACAGGCAGAUUUUUCAAGUAGUACUUCCGAGUUCUUUCCAUCCCUUCCAUUUUUCGGUUCGAAAUCAACUCGCAUGGAAAGUUUCUUAGGGCCAUCAGCCAAACAAAAAGAUGGGGUAAUCAUGUUAAGAAACAAAGCUCCAAGGUGGCAUGAACAACUCCAGUGUUGGUGUUUGAACUUUCAUGGAAGAGUGACAGUUGCUUCAGUGAAAAACUUUCAGUUGGUGGCUUCUCCAGAAAAUGGGCCAGCUGGGCCAGAGCAUGAGAAGAUUGUCCUCCAAUUCGGAAAAGUGGGAAAGGACUUGUUUACCAUGGAUUACAGGUACCCAAUAUCAGCAUUCCAGGCAUUUUCAAUCUGCCUCAGUAGCUUUGACACCAAGAUUGCUUGUGAAUAAGAUAUUUAAACAGGAGCUGCAAGGUUUGGAAAUCACUUAGGAGGUUGAAUUCAAUGAGACUAUUUUGUGAAGGUGAUCGCAGCUGAUCUUCUUAUGCAGGGAGCAUGCUUAAAGGCUUCAAACUACUGGAUCACGCGUUGGUUCUCUUCAUCCACAUAUGUAUAUUUCACUUAAUGUAUAUACCCAAGUGUUCCUACGAAAGCCUGACAUUGUUUUUGCCAUUUGACGACUUCAAAUUUCACUUGCUAGGUAGAGAAUUAUAGGCUGUCUGAUCAUCAAAUGAAUUGUUGUUCGUUUGUUCAAUUUGACUUUGCCCCAACUACAGUCGAAUUUAAUUUCCAGAAUGGAUUUCAAUAGUCCUGUAGCUA